UUAACCGUAGUUCCGUUAACUUGAAAAGUAGACUGACAACUGAGUGCGUUUCAUUUUAGAUUGAGAUAUGCCUAGUUAUUGAAAUGUACAAUUCCAUGGUAACAGUGAUGCUGAGAUGUAAUUUUAAAAUGUAUUCUAGACAACCAAAUAUUGCAAAGCUAAACAAACCAUACAACUCUAUGCACAAUAACGGCUUUGCAACCUUUGGUUUUUGUUUGACAUUUUAAAGGGACAAAUAUGAGUCAUCAAAUUGUUAGAUGGAAUUAACCACAUCUAAUCGUAGCAUGGCGCUGAUAGGUGGACACGGCGCAGUACGGAGGUCAGCAGGUUGCGGUGCUCGCGGACCACAGUGGUUUGGCGUAGGGAAUAUGUGUGUUGACAACGGCAACCAGCAUGUUCGGCAGGCAACACUCCGGGAUAUGCGAUGCUUGUAUGCGAAUAGAUGAAUAACGUUUAAAUUGGAUAGCCUGAAGAUUUCUUUGGAGAUAUUGUGUGCGUGGUUUCUUGUUUCUCUCUUGGCCUAGUAAAGGCACUUGACUUGAUCUGGUUAGAUCCCCCAUUCACACCACCUUUCGUAUUUCCUUGGAGCACGGAGAUUGCAGAAUAUAUGAUGAAGUUUAAACCCAACCAGACGAGGACUUAUGAUGGUGAAGGUUUCAAGAGACGAGCGGCAUGUUUAUGCUUCAAGAAUGAAAAAGAGGACGAGGUGUUGCUGGUGAGCAGCAGUCGGCACCCGGACCAGUGGAUUGUACCAGGAGGAGGGAUGGAGCCUGAGGAGGAGCCGUGUGGAGCAGCAGUCAGAGAGGUGUACGAAGAGGCUGGUGUAAAGGGGAAACUUGGCAGGCUACUGGGGGUUUUUGAGCACAACCAGGACAGGAAACACAGGACAUACGUCUAUGUCCUGACUGUGACAGAGACCUUGGAGGACUGGGAGGAUUCUGUCAACAUCGGUAGGAAACGGAAGUGGUUCAAUAUCGACGAGGCUAUCCGGGUGCUGCAGAGCCACAAGCCUGUCCACGCAGAGUACCUGCGCCGACUCACAGCCACUUGUAAUCCCACAUGCAGCUCCACCUGUUGCGACCCCACCAAUGGCAACACCUGGGUGUUCCCCACGACGGACGACAAUGCCCCUGACUACGUCAACUCCACCACAGGGGACAGAUAGAGGACCUCCCUCGGUCAACAGAUAGGACAGAUAGGAUAGCCACCAUCAGAGGAACCAGCAUCAUAAGAGGACCUAGCCUAGGUGCCAGUCGGUUUCUGCUGUCCUGCUAACUCCUUGUGGACUUGUCAUGUUUGGCUUGACAAUGACAGUAAUGGAGUAUGGCAAGAGCACAAACUGAUCUGGGACCAAGCCAAGGAGGACCCAAGAGGACUCUAGAGUGGAAGUUCCCAGAAUAGACAUUUUGCAUGGAUUCCUUUCUGUGUUGAUUCUUAAUUUGUACACUAUGAACUUUCUAAGUUAAAAGGAAUUCAUUAAUUUAUUAGGGGGCAUGAAGAGUGUGAAAAUGUGUCAAAUGGAUAUUCAAUAUUUUUCUUUGUAUAUUGUUUUUAUCAACUGUCAUCAGCCAAAUAAGGAUAUAUAUUAUUAAUAAAAACUGGAUCUUAAAGCUAAUCUCUCUUAAUGAGAUCCAUUAGUCAUCAGCUUUCUAUCAUUAGAAUGAUGUCAACCUCUGUGAAAUGGUCCUUUGUUUCAAGUUAUUCUUACAAGUUCAUCUUACAUUUUGAUUAUAUAGGGUCAAAGACUACAGUCUAUGGUCAGAGUGCAGCACUUUGGUGAACUGCUUUCUGCUUGAAGUAGCUCUGAUAGGCCAAUAGAGGGUAGUGUUACCUCUGGAAAGGCUUAUUUCCUUGAUGUCAAAACCCCAAAUGCAGCUUAGUUUAGGGCAAAGGUAGGAAACCUUUGUCAGGGUGCCAGAACAUAAUUAUUUAGUAUUUAUUUGGACCCCCACUUAGCUGCUGUUGAGGCAGUGGCUGCUCUUCCUGGGGUCCAAACAGGAAACAACUCAAAUAAAAUGCAUAAUAUAUACACAAUACUUGCAGAAAGUAUUCACACCCUCUCACUUUUUACACUUUUUUUGUUACACCCUGAAUUUAAAAAGAAUACAAUAAAGGUUUUUGUCACUGGCCUACACACAAUACCACAUAAUAUCAAAGUGGAAUUAUUUUUACAAAUUAAUAAAAAAUUUAAAUCUGAAUUGUCUUUAGUUAAUAAGUAUUCAACCCCUUUGUUAUGGCAAGCCAAAUAAGUUCAGAAGUAAAAAUGAGCUUGAGUCACAUAGGUUGCAUGGACUCUGUGUGCAAUAAUAGUGUUUAACAUGAUUUUUGAAUGACUAUCUCAUCUCUGUACCCCACGCAUACAAGUAUCUGUAAGGUACCUAGGCUACCUGGGGCGGCAGGUAGCCUAGUGGUUAGAGCGUUGUACUAUUAAUCGAAAGGUUGCUAGAUCAAAUUCCUGAGCUGACAAGGUAAAAAUCUGUUGUUCUACCCCUGAACAAGGCAGUUAACCCACUGUUCCUAGGCCGUCAUUGAAAAUAAGAAUUUGUUCUUUAACUGACUUGCCUAGUUAAAUAAAGGAAAAAUAAAAAGCUGUGAAUUUCAAACACAGAUUCAACCACAAAGACCAGAGAGGUUUUCCAAUGCCUCAUAAAUAAGGUCACCUGUUGUUAGAUGGGUAGAAAAAACAGACAUUGAAUAACCCUUUGAGCAUGGUGAAGUUAUUAAUUACCCUUUUGAUGGUGUAUCAAUGCACUCAGUCCCUACAAAGUUACAGGCACCCUUCCUAACUCAGUUGCCAGAGAGGAAGGAAACCGCUCAUGGAUUUCAUCAUGAGGCCAAUGAUGACUUUAAUCCUCUACUGAAUAAAAAUAUUCCAAAACACGCAAA